UGGUAGCGUUUGUGUUGAUUUAUGGGCGUGCAGCGUGCUCGUUCCGCCAACGUCUAUGGCGACAUCCAGCGAAGCCAUUCCAAUGGCUUCUUCUUCUUCUUCUUCUUCACUCUCUCCUCCUCAGAUUCCAAUGGAGCUUCACAAAAUCAACAGAGACAAACUCGUCAAUUCUCUCCGAGAGCACCUUUCUCUCUCCUCUCGCCCUCUUCAAGGCUUCGUCUUUCUUCAGGGCGGCGAAGAACAAACUCGCUACUGCACCGAUCACGCUGAACUCUUCAGGCAGGAGAGUUAUUUCGCUUACUUGUUUGGUGUGAGAGAGCCUGACUUCUAUGGAGCAAUUGAUAUUGCCACUGGGGAAUCUAUUCUAUUUUGUCCGAGGUUAUCUGCUGAUUAUGCUGUUUGGCUGGGAGAAAUAAAACCAUUGUCCUACUUUAAGGAGAGAUACAUGGUUGACAUGGUCUUCUAUACGGAUGAGAUUGCAAAAAUUUUGCAUGAUCGCUAUCAUGGGCCAGGAAAGCCUUCAUUGUUUCUCUUGCAUGGGCUCAAUACUGACAGCAAUAAAUUCUCAAAGCCAGCAGAUUUUGAGGGAAUUGAGAAGUUUAAGAUGGAUCUGAAUACCCUGCAUCCUAUUUUGACUGAAUGCCGUGUUAUCAAAUCGGAAAAGGAGCUUUCUCUUAUCAAGUUUGCCAAUGACAUAAGCUCUGAAGCUCAUGUUGAGGUUAUGAGAAAAACAAGAGUUGGUAUGAAGGAGUAUCAGUUGGAGAGCAUGUUUUUACACCACACCUAUAUGCAUGGUGGAUGUAGGCAUUGCUCGUAUACAUGUAUUUGUGCUACUGGUGAAAAUAGUUCUGUUCUUCACUAUGGGCAUGCUGCAGCUCCAAAUGAUAGGAUAUUGCAAGAUGGGGAUAUGGCAUUAUUAGAUAUGGGAGCUGAAUAUCAUUUUUAUGGUUCUGACAUUACUUGCUCAUUCCCAGUGAAUGGGAAAUUUACAAGUGAUCAAUCUCUUGUUUAUAAUGCUGUCCUGGAUGCUCAUAAUGCUGUCAUAUCUUGUAUGAAACCUGGAGUUAGCUGGGUGGACAUGCACAAAUUAGCAGAAAAAGUUAUUCUUGAGUCAUUGAAGAAAGGGCGCCUCCUUAUUGGUGAUGUUGAUGAUAUGAUGGCUGAACGAAUGGGUGCUGUUUUCAUACCCCAUGGUCUGGGACACUUCUUGGGAAUUGAUACCCAUGAUCCUGGGGGCUACUUGAAGGGAGCAAAGAGACCCAUGGAAUCUGGUCUAAGGGCUUUGCGUACAAGUAGAGAACUCCAAGAGGGAAUGGUGAUUACAGUGGAACCUGGAUGCUACUUUAUCGAUCCUUUGCUGAUUCCCGCCAUGGAAUGUUCAAAGACUUCGAAGUUCUUUAAUCAUGAAGUAAUAAGCAGAUUAAGCUUUGGUGGAGUACGAAUUGAGAGUGACCUGUAUGUUACUUCGAAUGGUUGCGAGAACAUGACAAAGGUUCCGAGGGACACAUGGGAGAUUGAGGCUGUAAUGGCAGGGGCACCAUGGCCACUAAAGAAGAGCUGUGUUUCUUCAGAAAAUGGUGGGGACGGCUGAUUUCUGGGCUCCUAUCUGUGCCUGUAGAUGCACACUAUAGAAGGGAAAGAUAAGCAAGAAACUUUUGAACUUUUGCAGGUAUCAAUAAAUUCAGAUACAGUAUCUGUGCCUUUUUUAAUGGGCAUCGUAGUAGGACAGUUUUUAAGUGUUUUAAGUGCAUCAUCUACUGCAACAAUAACAAAUUUUAACCUAUUAAAUGGGGUGGAUGUAUAUGAAUUUUAGAUUUUCAUUCA